CUCUUUUUUCCUCACACAUAGUAUUUUCCUCUUUCCUCUCGCAUUCGUACUCCCAAACUCCCAAAUCACAAUUCCUCUCUUUUCUUUCUGGUGUCUCACUCAUCUAUAUAAUUUCUCUCACUCCGUCGCAUGCGGUGGUGAUUCCUCAAACCCCACAAGAUCUGUGCUCGUUUUUUCACCCAACGCCGAUCUCUGUUGUGGGUCCGGUCUGUGCUUCCUUCACUAACGACAAAACUUAAGAUUUCGCAAAUUUGCCCUUCCAAAUCAAAAGUAGUGUCCUCUACGCUUCGUACAAUACGAUAAUGAGUCAGCAUUCGCGUAGAAAUUUUCCAGGUGGCAACUCAAGAAAGGGGAAGCUUGCUGAAGUUGAUAAAUCGGCUGCGCCAAAAGCCGCCGAGCCACCACCAUCAAAUGGGCUUCUAGCCGGGUAUCUAGCCCACGAGUUCUUGACCAAAGGAACUCUUUUGGGUCGGAGGGUUGAACUAGACUCAGCCCGACCCGACUUAUCUGGUUGUACCUCAGUAGAACAGAAGAGAAGCCGGUUGAAUUCGCAGACUGGGGAGGUGAAAUCCAGUGCGGUGAAGGAGCAUGGUAGUUACGAGGAGGUAGCAAACCUUUUGAAGAUAAAGGGAACCUGCAUAAAGGGAAUUGUGAACCCCACUCAACUUUCCAACUGGAUUAACAAGUGACAAUGUAUUUUUUCUUUUCUUUUGGCUAUUCCUACAGUCAUGUUUCUGCCUGCAAAUAACACCAUUCCUAUUUUGCAAACUUCCACAGGUUAGUUUUAAUUUCAUUCAACCAAAAUGCAACUUUUCUGUUUCAGAAUGUGCAGAUCAUCAUCAGCCAUGUCUUUCUCUGUUGCUUCUUGCUUCUUCCAUAUGUUGAUUAUGAAAAUAAUUUAUUUCU